AUGAUUGGAAUGUUCGUGGCCACACUACCCUAUCGAGUUCAGCUAGAUCCAAAUGGCUCAUUCGAACAACUAGUUGAACAAGUGCGAGAUCGAUGUCUGUCGAUACUUGAGCACUCACACUAUCCUCUUCAACACAUCAUCGGUAGUCAUCAUGCACCGGCAUUUCUCGAGACCAUGUUCGACUUUCUCAGCGAUGAGACCAACAUCGAACAAGUGCACCUUGGUGGUACCGUCUUGCAAUCAAUGUCAGCGGAUCUUUUUGGUCACAUCGCUAAGUUUGACAUGAUGGUUACCUUUGUUCACGGCCAAUCAACCGGAAUAUCAUGCUCUCUCGUCUGCUCACAAGAUCUUUUCGACCAUGUCACCGUACAGUUAAUGGCCGAUCGAUUCUCCUGCCUUCUGCAUCGCCUGUUCAACUCUGCUCUCUUCUCUAUUGAGAAACAACCUCUUCAUCAAUUGUCGCUCAUUCUUCCACAUGAACAACUGCUCAUUGAUGCCAUGAAAACCAGCGAUAGUCACCGACCAUCGUCAACAAAUCAAACCAUUUCUCAGCUGUUUUGCGAGAAAGCAUCAAGCUAUUCACAAAAAGUGGCUGUUGAUCUCGAUGAGCAGUGUCUCACAUAUAGUGAACUAUUAGUCUACGCUCAACACUUGGCUGUUGUUCUCAUAGACACGCAUGGUGUAAAGGUGGGUGAUAUUGUGUGUCAAUGUGUCGAGCGAAGCUUAUCUAUGAUCAUUGGCAUCAUGGCGAUCGAGAUGGCCGGCGCAGUAUACUGUCCGCUUUCGCCUCGAGAUCCUUCUCAACGUCUACACUCUUUAGUGGAAGAGACUCGAAGUCGCCUUGUCCUAGUGGACCAAGUUACGCGACACAAGUUUGGAGAUGACGCUGUCAUCUCGCAUGUGAAUAUCAAUGAAGCAAUCAAUGCGACCAGGAUGACCAGCGACGAUGAUUUGAACCGGAUUGCAAAUAUCAAAGUCACGUCCGAAAGUAUCGCUUAUGUGAUCUUCACUAGUGGCUCAACAGGCACUCCAAAAGCGGCACAAAUACGGCAAAGAAAUUUCAUAGCAUAUAUCGAGUCUGUGCUUCCAGUCGGUACUUUCAGCGAGAAGGACACCGUUCUACAAAUAGGCCGAUGUACGUUUGAUAUUCAUGUUCAAGACGUGAUCGGAACAUUGAUUGUUGGUGGUACCGUUGUAAUGCUGCAACCGGACGGCAUUAUGAACGUGAAAUAUCUUGGUGAUAUCAUUAGACAGAAAGAAGUGUCGUACAUGUUCAUUGUGCCGACGGUGCUUAACAGUUUAGGCAGUUAUUUCAAGGAAAAGAAUAGCGCAGAGAAGAUUCCGUCGUUAAGAACGAUUUGCAGCGGUGGAGAUGUACUUUCCACGAAGGUUGUUGAUCUACUUACUACAUAUGUUGUCAACGAUUGUCGUAUCUGGAAUGUAUACGGGCCAGCUGAGACAACACUUGCUUCUCACUACUACCUCGUCGAUCCAACGAUUCAAGUAAAGAACAUUCCGCUCGGUCGACCACUUCCUAACUAUCCAUGCCUGAUUUUCGAUGAGUUUCUACAGCCUGUUCCUGUUGGACAACAGGGUGAACUGCUCAUCGGUGGCGACGGAGUCUUUGCCGGCUAUCUCGGACGCGAAGACCUGACGCAAAAGGCGCUCAUUGAGAUCGACGGGCAGCUCUUCUAUCGGACAGGCGACCUCGUUCGGCUGGACACCAAUGGCAAUCUCCACUCCAUCGGUCGCAAAGAUUAUCAAGUGAAACUACGCGGACAACGAAUCGAACUCGGCGAAAUCGAACAAUGUUUACUCAGUUCGUCGUCACAUGUGUCUGCUUGUGCGGUGAUCAAGUGGGGCGAUGAUCAUUUGGUCGCCUAUGUCCAAGGAUCUCACGUUGACGAAGCACAGUUACACCUAUACUGUCACUCUCACUUACCACAGUUCAUGAUCCCAUCGAUGUUCAUCGUUCUCGACCAGUUUCCACUGAACUCAAAUGGAAAACUAGAUCGAAAACGUCUUCCCACACCCGACUUUUCUUCGGCAUAUAAUCGAACAGCUGAUGCUCCUCAAAGUCCACUACAGAAANGUUCGCCACCUUCUCUCAUGCAGUCCUUUGUCAUUAUAGAUGCCAUGAUCGAACAUGAGAUGGCGAUGAGUGGUGCAAGUAUGUUCUGGCUUGAUGCUCUUCAUGAUUGUGACUUAGAUCGGCCAUUGUCACUGCCAUACGAUCGACACCGGCUGACGAAUGAACACCGAACAGGUCGUGGUACGUCGGUAUGUUUUGACUUUGGCUAUGAUGUAUCGAAUGAGCUGAUCAGAUAUGCAUCAUCUCAUGAUGUGUCAAUAAGACAAGUAUCACUUGCCAUCUACUAUGUCUUUCUGUUCAAACUCACUAACGGUGAAAAGGACUUGUGCAUUAGUAUGUCGAUCGAUAACCGAUAUAAAAGCGAGCUUAGAUCAAUAAUAGGAAUGUUCGUGAAUACCAUUCCGUUACGCUGUGAGAUUGAUCCGAGCUGGACUUUGGAGCAACUGGUGAAAGGUGUAAAUGUAGCGGAAAUGAUUUGCAUGAAAUAUUCGUAUUUUCCUCUUGAACGGAUAUUGAAUCAAUACGGAAAUGUUUCGAAGCCGACUUUUCUUAACAUUGGUUUUAGUUUUCGAUCACGAGGAGAUCUGAUCAACAAAAAUGAUGUAGCGAUUAAUAAUGCUCGACUGCAUUUUCCAUUCCAUUCACUUAGUAAAUAUGAAGGAGAUAUAAUAGACGAUCUCGAUUUCACUCUAUCAGCUGAGCACAAUAGAGUUACGGAUCAGCUAUCGUGUACAAUUAAUGCAACACUUGACUUAUUCAAUUUGAAAUCUGUGGAGACGAUUUCACAACGAUGUCAUCGGAUUAUGCAAGAAAUAUUUUAUGGAGCAGAAGCUGAACUUGACAGGAGAGUGUACGAGCUGUCACCAUCAUUACCAAAUGAAAGAUAUCUCACGCAGGCGAUGAACAACACGGAAAUAUCAUACGCACAAAUUUCUUGUGUUCGUACAGAAUUCGUUCGUCAAGCAACUAUACAUCAGCAGAAACUAGCAGUGGAACUCGACGAGCAGUCUCUCACCUAUGCAGAGCUGUUGCACUAUGUUCAGGUCUUGUCGUUGCAUCUUCUCAGUCAGUAUCGUGUCGCUGCAGGUGAUGUCGUUUGUCAAUGUGUGGAAAGAAGCUUGUCGAUGGUAAUUGGUAUCAUGGCGAUCGAGAUGGUGGGUGGUGUGUACUGUCCACUGUCACCUCGAGAUCCCGAUCAGCGAUUGCAUGCACUUGUUCAGCAAAACAGAAGCCGUAUUGUACUAACUCAUUGGCUGACAGUUAAUAGAUUCGGUAAUAAAAUCGUCACAUGUCGCAAUGAAGCAAUGUUAGAUUGUGAAGCUGAGUCAAGUGACAUGAUCACCCAACGAAUAUCUAACGUACCGAUCACGCCAAGUCACAUCAGUUACGUUAUUUUUACCAGUGGAUCCACUGGAAUUCCAAAAGCGGUUCAAGUUCGACAAAAAAAUUUCCUUCAGUGCAUGUACGCGUUGACUUGUGUCGACUCUAUUUUGAAGAAUGAUACAAUCGUACAAAUGGCACGGUGUUCUUUUGAUAUUCAUGUUCAAGAAAUAAUGGGGUCCUUAAUCAUUGGAGCUUCAUUGAUUAUGCUGCAUCCGAGUGAAAAAGCUGGAAAUAAAAGAGUAGUUCAGUAUCUUCGGUCAAUUUGCAGCGGCGGUGAACCCUUUCCGAUCAAGUUACUUAGCUCACUAAAUAAUAUGAAUUUCUCGAAUGUCAUUGUUUCCAAUUUGUAUGGGCCAGCUGAAACCACCAUGGAUUCAACAUUCCAUCUUUUCGAUAUCACUAAAAACAUUGACAUUAUUUCUAUAGGAUGUUUACUGCCGAACUACACUUGCUACAUCUUUGAUGAACAUUUUCGAUCCGUCCCAAUAAACCAAGAAGGCGAACUAUACAUAGGCGGCGCUGGUGUCUUUGCAGGCUAUUUACAUCGUGAUGAUCUCACUUCAAAAGCAUUGAUUCAUAUCGAUAGUGAUAUCUAUUAUCGCACUGGUGAUAUUGUUCGCGUUGACGCCAACGGCGCUUUGCAUUACCGAGGCAGAAAAGACCAACAAGUCAAAAUUCGAGGUCAACGUAUUGAACUGGGUGAAAUUGAAAAAUGCAUACUUAACACGUCUGUCUCUGCUUGCAUCGUUAUCAAAUGGGGAGAAGAUCACUUAGUCGCAUAUGUUCAAGGCUCUGAUGUCACCGAAAAUCAGCUUCGCGACCACUGUCAGUCACAUCUUCCACCACACA